AUGUCGCAAGAGAUCGUCCAGCGCGCGUCGAAGUUGACAGCCGGGCAAGCUGUGAUGGCGUUUGUUCCAUCGCCAGCAGAUGCUUCAGCGGUCUCACGUCACCUACGCCGGGCUUGGAAAGGCGCGACCGGAGUACCCACUGUGUUUGAAUAUCACGGGCGGGUCUCUGUGUCUGAUCGUCGCCAAGCCUUGGAGUCUACCGCACCAAAGGUGAUAUUGGCUACAGCAGUUGCUCGCGCCGGGGUUACUCCUGGCUCUUGCUCCUUAGUUCUGUCAGCCGGGACCACGAAGCAGACGGUCAUUGACUCCGAGACAAGGCGGUCUCAAUUAGUGCGUCGUGCGACCACUGAGCGAGAGCUUGUGCAGGAAGCUGGCCGUGCUGGGCGUGUGGGUGACAGUAGGCAUCAGCUUUGCGCUCAUGUAGUGUUCUCGGUGCCAGCCCUCCUCCAAGUGGAACUGGCGGCUUGCGCUGAUGCCUCUGGCUUGGCUGGCAACUCCGCCCUUUAUGGUGUCCAUGCGCGGUUAGAUCCUCCUUUGGCGCAUCAUGUGGUUUUGGCCACUGAAGAGCUGCGUGAUUCAAUUCAGCAGCUCGACGCGUACUUAGAGGCACUGCGGAAGGAGGCGAUGCUGUGGGCUCGAGAUCAGUUGAAUGCCUUGAAGAAAGACGAGGCUCGAGAUGAGACGGUCUAUUCAGACAGGCGUCAGGCGCUAAUCUCGAGAAUUCAGUGCGCAUCCGAUGGUGGCGAGAAAGAAUUCUUGCUCGACAA